AUGUCGCAGCACAGUCAAGUAUACGAACUGCCAGGCGACCUCCCUCCAGUGGCCGAGUUGCCAGGUGAAUACCUGCCGACAGAAUUAUCUGCCAAUCGCUCUUCCAGAGGAAAUGAUCAUGGACACUCAAGAGAACCAUCUGAUGGCUUGAUGCCUCCAACACCAUAUUCGAACGAUCUGCUGCCAACGCCUUUCUCGGCUUUCUCUGCCAUCUCCAUCUCCUCGAAUCCGUCGCUGAAGCCUUCCCCGCUCAACUUUUCGCGCCCCAAUUUCUCGCGACCACGGCCAGUAGAAGCCACCUCGUACAAUUUUGGCAGCCAGGCUGGUCCCAUCCCCGAAUACGAUCCGGACAAUCGUCCGACACUCUCUGAUCAUGCUCAGACGUUUUGCGAUUUUCACCUCGAAGAGANNAAAAAUGUCGAUGGGGAAGAGGAUGACGAUGGUGACAGGACGCCUGCACCGUCAGUCAUGACAUAUGCACAGGAAUACACUCCACGACAUAGUAUGGAUGGAGCCAGUAUAGGAGGGGCCAGCAUUGACGAGGCUGUGCCGCCUCCGAUAAGAACAUAUGCAGACCUGAGAGACAUGAAAUUGCCGAGGGACAGCACUGAUGGUGAUUCUGUUGCUGAGGCCACACCACGUGCAGUACACGCUCUUAAAAGCUCUGGAGGCUUCAACCACGAUUUUAGCACCUUGAACAUCUCAAGAGGUGAUAGCAUUUAUGAAGACUUUCCCAAACCUCCUGGCACAGAAGGACAAUUACGAAAAGACUCGCAGGCACUACCGCCACAAGUCAGGGCGAUCGUCGACGAUGCUACUUCCUCAUCCUCUGGACAGAGCGCUCAUCCUCUCGCACGCAUGAAUACCACAAGCUCCAUAGCUAGCAGUUUUGACGAGGCCGCACCACCUCCUGUAUCGAUACGGAGACACCAAUUGCCACAUAUGGACACCGAGAGUUCGAGAGGAACCAAGUCUUCCAAUCAGACAAAGACCUCGAGGGUGGACAGUGUUGUGGAUCCAUCUCCAGGCAUUCCACCAAGAAACAUUGCACGCAAAGAGCCCUUGGAAGAGUCUGGUGCAACAAAACUGCUCAUAUACAAGCCGUAUCUCGAUUAUGCCUAUAGUCAACCAUCGAGUUCAACACGCACACCCACCAGUCAAGAGGAAACAAAUUCAAACUCUGGAAUCGACAGCGACCGGAGAUACAGCUCAGCAGGCAGCGAGGCCAGUUCAAUGGCCGACUUUGCUUUUGAUGGUCAACUAGGAUGGAACCCACGCAGCGACUCCGUUUCUGCCAAGGAAGCUCAACGUCAGCAGCGAUGGUCAGGUUCACUCACGAACCCCUUGAAACUAGUGACAGCUCGGUCUAAGGGCAAGGAGAAGCAACAGUCACCAAUGCCGACCAUGCAGGAGCAGCCAUCACGGCAAAGCUCGAAUACAAGCUCGCAUCACGCUCUUUCACCAACGUCGAGCAGGGCAUCCACGGGCACUGGCAGCAGUGCUUCCAGUAGAGCACCAACCAUUCCUGCACGUAUCCCACGUAUCAUCAAACGCACAUCCAUUGAUCAAAUGUCCGAGCACGUCAAUCCCUGGCAAGGCGAGAGCAUGAGUGACCGUGGUAGCGUAUCCAGCAACGAGUGGACGAGCAGCGAAGUCGACACUUCGAGUCUGAGUGUCGAGAAGAUACACAAGCUCAAGAAGAAAGGAAUCAACCCUGCUCUGUACAUCGAGAUGCAGAACGCGCGCAAAGGAAAGAACAAGUGGAUUAGUCCUUUGCAGGGCAACUCGUUCAUCUCUUGA